CCAGGCCCCGCCCACCCUGCCCACCCCUAUCCCGGAGCUAUCAUGUGGCCCCUAGUGGCUGCCAUCGCCUGUCUGACCGUGGCCUUGUCCGGAGGAAUCUCCCGGGACUACCCCAAGAUUCUCAAUGGGACCAAUGGGACCAACGGUUUUCUCCCAGGCGGCUACACCUGCCUCCCCCACUCUCAGCCUUGGCAGGCAGCUCUACUGGUACAUGGACGGCUUCUCUGUGGAGGUGUUCUGGUUCACCCCAAAUGGAUACUCACAGCAGCUCAUUGCAGAAAAGAUGGGUACACAGUUCACCUAGGCAAGCAUGCCCUGGGGCGUGUGGAAAACGGCGAGCAGGCAAUGGAGGUGGUCCGCUCUAUCCCCCAUCCUGAAUACCAGGUCAGCCCCACCCACCUGAACCAUGACCAUGACAUUAUGCUUCUGGAGCUGAAGUCCCCAGUCCAGCUCAGCAGUCACAUCCGUACUCUGCCGCUCUCCCCAGACGACUGCCUACCCACAGGCACCUGCUGUCGUGUUUCUGGCUGGGGCACCACCACCAGCCCCCAGGUGAAUUACCCUAAAACCCUGCAGUGUGCCAACAUCGAACUGCGCUCAGAUGAGGAAUGCCGGCAGGUGUAUCCCGGGAAGAUCACUGCCAACAUGCUCUGUGCUGGUACCAAAGAAGGCGGGAAGGACUCUUGUGAGGGUGACUCUGGGGGCCCACUGGUUUGCAACGGCAAACUCUAUGGCAUCAUUUCAUGGGGAGAUUUUCCAUGUGGACAGCCCAACCGACCUGGUGUCUACACACGAGUUUCAAAAUAUGUGCGUUGGAUCUGGGAGACCAUCAGAAACACUCCGAAGCAGAGACGGACAAAGGGCAUACAAUAAAACUGGGUUAAUUUGCCUGCCUCUCCCCCCCACACACACACUGUGCCUAACUCAUGGCGUGCCUCCAUUCUCUGUUCCCUCUGCCCUAAGUGUCCCUUUGGAACCACGGACUCACAUUCACUACCAGCCACAUCCCCUCUACCAGCCUUGAAGCACCUCAAUAACUUGAGUUCUCCAACCCAAAUACCAUCCAAGUCCACAGCUACAUCAUCAUGGCCACCAUAAACUGGAGUUGAUGGUUGAGACCUGCGUGUCUCAACUCUGUCCAUGCUCUCCAGUCCUUUCAUGAACUCAUCUCAGUAGUAUUCUGUAGAUAGACCUUCCCCAAGAGCCUCUUGGAACCCUCAGAAUACUUACCCCCUGACAAAACUGUACGUUUCAUAUUCAAGAAGGUUCUAGACUCCUUGCAUUCUGAAAGUCUCUCUUGUCCAGAAUCUUCUGCCCUAACCACAUCCUAUGCACUUCAAGGUCACCCACCACAGGUAUUCUAGCGCCUCUGCUCAUUCCUACUACCAUAUCCUGACACAAACUACAUCCCACAUUCUACAAGGCCCAGCCGCUGCCAACUCUGCCCCUCUCUGAGUCACUGUCACUGCAGAGCAACAGCUCUCUGGCCCUACAGCUACAGGAGCCAAAGGGCCUCCUUUCUAGGUCUUAUCACCCCCACAAGUCUCCUUUUGUCUCCCCAUGAACAUCCUUACCCAAUCAAUAGUCCUUGUUGUCAUAUCUUUGCCUAUGACCCUGCAUCUGCUUAAUGCUAAUCCCUGCUUUGAAUAAGUCAUAAAACUCACAACUUCUUUGCUUCCUUU